GUCGCGUGAACAGGUUCAUUCCACCUGACAGAUCCUGUCAAUGCACAGACAGGAGUUUUAUAUUUCUAAAAGAAAUUGUAUUUUAGUUUUAAGUCCUGUUCACUCAGUUGGAUUGGAAGGAUUGGCCAACACUCUAAAGACAUGAAAACCCUGAAGUUCCGCCUGCGGAGGACCACAUGUGUGCUGCUGGGCUUCACUAUCAUCUGGUGUCUGAGUUGGCUUUAUUUCCUCCCGAACAGUUCUGACCAGGAUGACAUUGAGAUGCUCGGUAACAACAAACUGAAGAGGCAUGACAAAGUGUGGAUGGAAAAAUGCAGGACUGAAGGCAUGAAGAGAUUUGUCAAGUUUGUGGAUGAUCUCCUGGACAUUUUGGAAUCCUCAAAUUAUUCCUCUCCUUCACCUCCUUCAAGGGACUACAAAGAAGAGCUGCAGGUAGUCCAGCUCAAAAUGAAGGAAGAGAGAGAAAGGGGGAAAAUGAAGGAUGAGGUGAUCAAGCAGCUGCAUUCUGAUAAACUGCAGCUGCAGCAGCAAGUGGCUCACUUGAAGGAACUCCAGAAGCUGCAGGUGGAGAAGGAAGAGAACAAAGACAGCCAAACCACUGAGGAUGGAAACUGCCCACUGCCACCGACGGAUGGAUUCCCACAGUGUGAGGGAAAAUUGAAGUGGAUGAAGGAGAUGUGGAAGACUGAUCCCUGUUAUGGCAGUUAUGGCGUCAACGGGUCCCUGUGCUCCAUCAUCAUUUACCUCAGCGAGAUUGAAUCGUGGUGCCCUGUGCUUCCAGGUCGAUCUUCCUCUUCAGCUCAAGCAGAAAAGUCUGAGGAAGAGUCUGACCAGGCUGUGGUACGGACCAGUCUGGAGGGUCUGUACCCAUCUCUGAAAAACAGAGUCCAGUUCCGAUGGAUUCACCAAAGAAUUCAAAGUAUGGAUGAGAUUUGGGUCGAGGCCGGACGCUCUCUCUCAGCCAAAUACAACCUCACAGAGCGAAAAGCCAAACACAUCCUGGUGCAUCCUGGAGCACUGACGAACGAAUCGGGUUUUAGAAUAGCAGACAGGGCCUUCAGUGGCGGGCCCCUUGGGGAACUGGUCCAGUGGAGUGACCUCAUCUCCACACUUCACAUCCUCGGUCACCACCUUCACUUUUCUGCCUCUAUACCUGAUCUCAACAAUUUUCUUGGCAUUAAUAAAGAGGGUUGCCCCUCUCGUCAGUCAAAACCAAACACAAAGCUGAUCUAUACGGACAUCAUUGGCCUCAGACAGUUUCAGAAAGUACUUCAGAAAUCCUGGAUCAAAUACAAAUGCAUGAUGCGUCUGUUGGACUCGUUUGGCACUGAACCAGACUUCAAUCAUGCAGUUUGGGCCCAGAAGCAGAAGCUUAAAAAUCCCUACGGUGGCUUCAGCCUGACCCCAGCGCAGUUCUACACCAUGUUCCCUCAUACACCAGACAACACCUUCCUGGGCUUCGUGGUGCAGCACCAGAUGAGCUCUGAAUUCACUGAGCAGCUGCGGUCGACCGAGAGGAGAAACCAGGCUCUUGUGUAUGGAAAGAGAGGCCUCUUCUGGGAGGGAAAAGAGGCUUAUCUGGACAUUAUCCACAAGCACUUGGAGAUCCACGGGACGGUCGAAAACCGCACUAAGAUCCCGAGCUAUGUGAAAAACCACGGCAUCGUGAACGGGACUGAGGUGCAGACCCUGCUGAGACAGAGCAAGGUUUUUGUGGGGCUGUCUUUCCCAUAUGAAGGCCCCGCCCCUCUGGAAGCCUUAGCCAAUGGCUGUGCUUUCCUGAACCCGAGGUUGCACCCCCCGCUGAGCAGCUUGAACUCAGAGUUCUUCAAAGGAAAGCCCAACAUCAGAGAGGUGACAUCGCAGAAUCCUUAUGUUGAGGCCAUAGGAGAGCCAUACGUAUGGACGGUGGACAUGUUCAAUGAGACGGAAGUAGAGAAAGCUCUCACUGCGAUUCUCAAUCAAAGUAUUGAGCCCUACCUUCCCUAUGAGUUCACGUGUGAAGGGAUGCUCCAGAGGCUCAGCGUCCUGAUUGAAAAACAGGACUUCUGCUCCAGUGCAGGGAGGUGGCCCCCACUGAGCGCGCUCCAGGUUGUGAAGGCGGAGCCGGGCGUUUCCUGUAAACAGACGUGUCAGAGGGUGGGGCGGAUCUGUGAACCUGCGUUUUUCCCGCAACUCAACAGUGUAAAAGAUCUUGCCGAACAUGGUGUAGAUUGUCAAACAUCAGAAGUGUCCAACAGUAGCCUGGUGUUUCCUGCCUACAACGGUACCAAACACUGUCUGUUCCAGUCGGACCCCCUGCUCUUCAGCUGUGUGAGAUCCAACCAGUCCCUGAUUCGCAUCUGCCCCUGUAGAGACUACAUUAAAGACCAGAUAGCCUUGUGCAAGGCAUGUGUCUAACAGCUGGUUGUCAGUCGCACAUUGACGUUCACACAUACAGCGCCACCGGAGAAACUCUGCAGGAUCUCGUUCCUCUAAUCAGACACAUAUUAGUGUUAAUGAUGACACUCACACUGCACGUGCUCAGGUCGAUCCUCGCCCCACCAGGAAGUCACAGGACACUUCAACAUCUGUCAGUAUUUCUAUCUUUGUCAUGUGUAUAGCUACAAUCUCCUGUCAUGGCUGAUAGCGUGCUAAGGAAGUUAAGCAGCCAUAUACAACAAAGAAUACACAAUUUUUAAAUGAAUUUAUACCAAAAUUGUUUUUUUUAUAUGCUGCUUUUUAUAUGGUAUGAACCGAACAGAAUGCAAUGUCCUCCUGCAGAAUUGUUUGGAGGUUCACAUUCACUUCGAGUGUGACAAAAAAAAAAUCAGUGUUUUUAACUGUUGCAGUUUUGUACAAUAAAUAUAUAUGUUAUAUAAAUAUGUUUAAUCCAAGUCUGCUGCAUUUAUAAAAUUUGUCACUCUUCUUAUCUCCGACUGAAAUAUACAGAUAUAAUCUGUAAGUUCUGCAAUUCAAGGCAUAUUCUAUGCAUAAAAAUACAAUACUCAAAUAUCAGACAUGUUAAUGGGACUGAUAUUUAUGAGUGUGUGCAAUACACAGAUCCAAAUACAAAUCUGGGUCUAGUGAAUUUAAAUGUGGGACGGAAAUCUUUAUGUGAUACUUGAAAUACUAUUGAAUAGUGUGCAUACAAGUUAUACCUGUUUUAUAAUUCUUUUCCUUAACUACACGUCAGAUAAUUGAUUCCAUGACUUCUAAGCUAGUGAUGGGAUUGAUGCUCAAUGUGCUUGUUCUCAGUGUUGAUUGCUACAUGUCACCCAGUUUUAUAAUAUACGUCCCCACUUCCCUUUGAAGGUUGACCUUCCAUGACAAACACACAAUGACUCAACAGCAUUGAUGAAUAAGCAGGAUAAAACUUUAUUAAUCAAUAAAACUUCGCUCUUUGACAAAGAAAUAUCAUUCAUUUAAAUAAAUAAAUGGUGUUUACAUCAUCUGUAAUACCACUGAUAUCAUUACUGUACAAACAGAUAAAUAAUGACUCUGUUACAUAGUCAGCCUCGUUGUCACUUCAGUUACAUGUAUGUGUGUUGUAUGUGUGUGUGGCU